AUGGCCAAGCACUCGAAAAAGGCCAAAGGGCCGCAGCGCCCUCAGCUUGAUGCGGCUGAGCUCCAGAACGGCAUGAGCCGGAUCGCCUCCCAGAUCGAGGCCAAGCUCAACGGCAACCCCUACAAGCGAAAGAAUCCGCCCACGGAAGCCUCUGGGAAGCAGAAGCAGCAGAAGCAGCGGAAGCAGCGCGACGCCGAGGCUGCGCCGCCCGCGAAAGGCUCCAGCCCCGACGAUGAGGCCCUGCUGGCUGAGAUCAAGGCCCUGGGAGGCGACGAGGAUGACUGGCGCCUGAUCAAUGAGGUCGCUUCGGACGAUGAGGCGAUUGCUUCCGAGUCAAAGGCGCCCGUGGACAAGCGCUUGAAGGACGAGCUGGCCGCUUUGUCAAAGGAGCUCGGCUUUUCUGCGCUUGCGCCGGCAGAUGCUAGCGACGAGGAGGAAGAAGAGGACGAGGACGAGGACGGGGACGAGGACGAGGAAGAGGAAGAUGACGACGAGGACGAGGAGCAGGACAAUGAGCCCAAAGAAAAGGGCCCCAAGGAGAAUGACAUGCGACGUGUCGAAGGCCUGAUCUUCGAGCCGCGCGCAGACUGGCACGCUGCGAGACUCGCCGCCCUGCCGAUGCCUACGGUAGACGACGUUGGCCCCUUUAUGUCGGCCAUCAAUUCGCUCAAGGAGCAUGGAAAAUACCUGCUGGAGACGGAGGCGGCCAAAUACAGAACGACCAUCUUUGCGUCCUCGUCCCACAAGUUCCUUGCCACCAUCAUGACGUCCGGUACCCUUACCGACAAGAUUUCCGCCCUCACCCUGGCUUGUCAAGAAUCUCCCGUCCACAACAUCCGCGCAUUCGACUCCCUGAUGAACCUGGCCUCCAAGAAGAGCCGAGCGCAAGCCAUUGGAGCCAUAGGGGCCCUCGUGGAUAUGCUAGGCCCUGGCACGCUGCUGCCGUCGGACAGGAGGCUGAAGACGUUCCAAGCGCAACCAGGGCUCCUGGGCUCACUUCAGCGGGCCUCCGUCAAGACCUGGGCGCCGAGCCAGCCAUUACCCGGGAAGAUUACACAGGCGCACCUGAUUUCUUGGGCAUACGAAGACUGGUUGAAGGAGACCUACUUCAAGAUUAUUCAGCUCUUGGAGGUCUGGUGCUCUGACGAGAUUGAGUAUUCCCGAAUGAGGGCCGUUGACUUUGUCUACGCCUUGCUCAAGGACAAGCCGGAGCAGGAAUCAAACCUCCUCACCCUCCUGGUGAACAAGCUCGGCGAUCGCGAUCGCAAGAUCUCGUCACGGGCGUCAUAUCUUCUCCUCCAGCUGCAAAACUCUCACCCUGGCAUGAAGCCAGUCAUUGUACGAACAGUGGAACAGGAGAUCCUGCUCCGCCCCUCGCAAGACUAUCGCGCACGCUACUACGCCAUCAACACUCUCAACCAAACUAUUCUCUCGAGCAAGGAGCCCGCCUUGGCCGAGUCUCUGCUUCGUAUCUACUUUGACCUUUUUGCCACGAUCCUCAAGACGGGAAAGCUUGGUAUGCCGAUAGAAGACGAGUCCGGCAAGCCGAAGAAGAAUGGCAAGGGUCCUUCAUCUGGGGGGAAACCAGCCGGCCAGAAGAAGCCGGCAGCCGCUUCAGUCCCAGAGACCGAGGCAGCUGACAAGCUCGUUUCCGCCCUGUUGACUGGUGUCAACCGUGCUGCUCCAUUUGUGGGCACCAACGACAUGAUCAUGGAGCGCCAUCUUGACACACUCUUCAAGAUUGCGCACUCAUCCAACUUCAACACCGGCAUCCAGGCCUUGCUGUUGAUCCAGCACCUUUCCGCGGCGAGAAACCUCGGAAGCGACCGUUUCUACCGGACGCUGUACGAGUCGCUGCUUGACCCUCGUCUCAUCACCUCUUCGAAGCAAGCUCUGUACCUGAACCUGCUGCUGCGCGCGCUGAAGAACGAUGUUGAUGUGCGAAGGGUCAAGGCGUUUGCCAAGCGAAUGCUGCAGGUCGCCGGCCUUCACCAGCCCCCCUUUAUCUGCGGCUUGCUAUAUGUCAUCUCUCAUCUGAGGCAGACAUUCCCAGACCUUUCGACUUUGGUCGAGUCGCCGGAAGAGUCCGUGUUUGACGACGAGGAGCCUGAGAACCGACCGACGUACGAUGGGCGGAAGAGGAACCCGGAGCACAGCAACGCCCACAGAAGUUGCCUGUGGGAAGUGAUUCCGAUCCAGAGCCACUUCCACCCUGCUGUCAGCAAAUUUGCCUCUUCACUGUUGGAUAGGAAGCAGAAGAUGCUCAAGCCCGAUAUGGAGAGCCACAGCCUCAUCCGAUUCUUGGACAAGUUUGUCUACAGGAACGCAAAGGCUACCGAUUCACGCGGUGCGUCCAUCAUGCAGCCCCUCAAGGCCGCCAAGGACAUUGGAGACAUCUGGCUGGGCAGCGGGCGGACCAGCGCGUCCACGACACAAGUCAACUCGGCCGCCUUUUGGAACAAGAAGCCCGAGGACGUUGCUGCGGAGGACGUCUUCUUCCACAAGUACUUCCAGCACGUCGCCAAGGAGGGCAAGGAGUCUACCAAGAAGAAGGCUUCAGCGGCCGGCGAAGACGGUGAAGAGGAUGCGGAGGAGGACGAGAUCUGGAAGGCGCUGGUCAAUGCCCAGCCCGACAUUGACGAGGAUGCCUCUGAUGCUGGGUUCGACGACAUGGACGACCUGGACAUGGCUUCCGACGACGAUUCCUCGCCCGCCCUGUCGCUCGACGGGGACGAUGAUGAUGACGACGAGGAUGACGUUAGCGUGGAGUUUGGCGACGAGGACGACGAGGAAGCAUCCGACGACGACGACGGCCUGGUCGCUCCGGACGUGCCCGACGAAGACGAGGAGAAGGGCGACAAGCGCAAGGCACGGAGAAAGAUGCUCAAGGGCCUGCCCACGUUUGCAUCCGUGGACGAUUACGCGGAGCUCUUGGCUGGAGAGGAGGACUUGUAG